AUGGAGCCCAUACCCCCCCCCAACCCGAAUUUCGGGUCUUCGGGUUGGCUUGGGGUGGUCUGGCAGGUAGUCAGUGAGGCUCGAGGCCUCCGCGUUGGCGCAGUGCGGGGGCGCCCAGGGCGAGCUCCCGACCGCCGCGCGGCGGGCCCUGCAGGACGAGCUCACAUAACCUGGGCGCGGGAGGCGUGCGUACAUCUCUCUCUCCUGGAGGAGGGCUCGCCGAGUGCGCCCGCCGGCAGUGCCACAAGCGGCUCCACGUCAGGUCCCCCGUGCAGCAGAGAGGCGCCCCUUAGCUCGAGGGGGUCGAGGCCGAUGCCCUCGGCGCUCCCGCGGCUCGACCUGACGCCGCCGUCCGACUGCCAGGGCCACGGCCGCGGAGUGGUGCGAAGCGUCCUCCGGGACCUCCUGCUGGGCCAGCGCGCGCGCCCCGGUCCGCGGAAGCUGUCGAGCUGCGGCACCCCUCCGGCCAUCGCCCAGGCCGCCAGCCGCUCUCGGCUGGCGGCCUCUCUCUGGCAGGCGGCGCGGCGCGGCCCGGCGCGGCGGGCGGCCAGGCGCAGCUCGAGGACCCUCCUCUCGGCCGCCCGGCUGCGGCCCCGCCGCGCGGCCUCUGCAGGCGGUGAAGUGGUGGCGAGGUGCUCGUAG